GUCUGUCAAGCCUACUGCAGUGCAAUCGUUUUUCACACAAUAAAAUAUCCAUCUACUUAGUAGCCUAGGAUCUCUGUUAAAUGAACGUGUGAUUGUUGUUACAAUGUAUCGUCUCUGUAUGGAUAUUUUGUUUACAUUGACAGAGUAAUAGUCAGGCGGCACAGGGGUCGAUUGUAUACGGUAUUCGCAUCAUGCUUCCAAUGCCUAGGGUCGACGGGGACAUUUUUGACUGUAUCCAACGAGGGAAUGUUGAACAUUGUGCACAUAUCAUUCAACAUGAUCGAUCUAUCCUCAAAGAGAAAGGUUGGGGUGGUUUUAGUCCUCUCCACUUUGCGUCCCUCCAUGGUAACCGUGCCAUGGUUGACCUGUUGCUAAGCAAUGGAGCUGACCCCAACCUGACCUGUGAUGCAGGAAUGACGGCCUUCCAUUUCGCCUGCAGGCAUGGUAAUGUAUACGUGAUGCACCAGAUGAUGCAGCAUGGAGCUGAUCUACGCAUGGUAGACCAUCAGGGUAAAACCGCCUUACACCAUGGAGUAUGUGGAGGCAACAUUGUAGCAAUGCAGUACCUGUGGGAGACAGGAAUGUUUAGGUGGUGUGAUGGAGACAUGUACCAUGUUACACCUCUACACCUGGCUGCUGAUACUGGCAACACUGAGGUGGUCCGUUACCUGCUCCGAGACAAGAGGUGUAUGGUGGAGACUGUGGAUGAGGAUGGGUUGACAGCGGUCCAUGUGGCAGCAGAGAGGGGCUGUGUAGAGGUGUGUUGGACGCUGCUACAGAGAUCUGGCUUCAGGAUACUACACUUGAAGACCUAUAGCGGACACACACCUCUGGACCUCUGCAGGCAGGGAAAGACAUUCAGACACCUGCAGCUGACAAAACUACUGACCCGCUACAUGAGGGAGCCACCAUUCAACAAACCCGACGAGUCCAACCUCCUUUACUACUGGACGUUAUUCUUCCCGUGUCUGAUUGGAGGAGCCAUUCUGAUUAUUGCAACAAUGUUGGGGGGCUACGGAGGGAUAACGUGCGCCGUGCUGUUCCCCUGGCUGGCCAGGAGUAUCUUUUCCCAGUUCCACCGCAUGACCACCUACCAGAGGUUGGCCAACCCCGUCUACCUAGGGACUGUGAUAGCUGGAUUGUUCCACUCUCUAGUCUGCUUCUACUACAGAAUACUGCCGCCUAGCUUGUGGGGGGAUGGUGUUCUGGGUCAUGUGUCACUGGUCCAGUUCUCUGUGGUUCUGGUCUUGUUCUGGAUGGUUCUAACCCAGGAUCCUGGAGAGCUGGGACCGGGAGACGCAGAUCCUCGCUACUCCUCCAUAACAGACCUGCUGGAGAACAACCAGAAUCCUCAGAGGUUCUGCAUCUACUGUGAGUUGUUCCAGCCAGACCAUACUAAACACUGUAAAUUGUGUGAUGUGUGUGUGAGGGAUUACGACCACCACUGCCUGUUUCUGAACCGCUGUGUUGGCGGGGGCAACCACCGCCUCUUCAUCAUCUUCAUCCUCUCCAUGGCCGCAGCACACCUCCUUUUUGUUGCCACGGCAACUUACCACCUGUAUGUGGUCGUGGUGUCCCUCGAGGACCAGUCGUUGGUUAGGGCAGUAGCUGCACAGUUCUGGGUGGUCGCCUUGACGAUAAUGAACGUUCUGACAAUCCUUUGGGAGGUGUGGUUGUUGACGGAACAGUUUGACGCUAUCGCCAUGGGGACUACGACCUACUUCAAACCUACCUGCGAGACUCGACAACAGUCACUGGGACAACGCUGGAAAACUGUACUUACCUUCCUAUUGGAGGGGAGGAGACGGUUAGAUUAUGGAUACACAGGGGACAAGAUCUCCAUAGACAUUUAGAUAAUAUGGACUCUAAAACCUAUGGUGAAAUGAAGAACAAUGUAUAUUUUGUCACUUUUCCAUUCUUAAAACCAACUGGAUCUUCUAGCCUGGUGAACUAAAGCCUAGGCAUUACCUCGGGAAGCUAAUACCACUAUUAAACAUAUAACAAGUGGUGUGUAGACCAGAAUGAGUUCUAAGAUAUCUUAACAUUAGAGAUAACAUGUUACUUAGAUUGUCUUUGGGAGUGUGGUCGUCAACAUGUCUGUUAAACAUUAUACUUGAACAUAGGUAUUGAAAAAUUAUACUUUUAAUAUAUAGACUAUAGUAGACUGAAUGCGGAAAUCUUGCCAGCGAACAAACCAACAUGUCAAACUCCUCACAUAACGCACUGACUUAACCCCUGUCUGUCCUGGUAAGCAUUUCCUAUGUAUGCAUGCGGAGCUAGUUUUAUGUGAUGCUCUGAGCUAUUUUAAAGCCGACAGUACUUCUACAUUGAUGUAGCUCGUUUAUGAAUAACUGACUGAUUUUGUCUGUCCUGUGAAGGAUCCCACUAUUUAACUAGUAUUUCCUGUGGAGUUCAUUCUCUGCUUCACAUUUGAAUGCACUGAUGUAUUUUAAAACUGUUUCAUUGGAGAUUACUGUUCACUUGAAUUGUUACCUCAGUUUUUUAAAUACUUCCCACUAUAACAAUUAUUUUUAACCUAGGUGUCAUUCUUGUUUUAAAUAAAAGUGCAAUAUGAUAAAAUGAU